CGGAAAAUCACUUAAACUUUUCUAUUUAAAAAAAAACAGUUUUUAAAUGUUGGCUCUUUGAUUUAAAUGUAAAUGUUAAGCUUUUAAUACAAUCCGGAAAUAAAUACAUAGAGGAUGAAAAUAUCAAAUAAACAAAUGUCCAAUAAACAUAUAGAAGUCAUUUUAGUAACAUUUAACAUUUCAAUGAUACAGUAGAGAAAGGAAGGAACUAGAUGUAUUGAUGGCAUCCUCCGUGGCAAAGGACAUAGACGACAAACAAAAAGAACAAAACUAUGUUCGGCUUAACUUGGUGGUUGUCAAACUUUCAACCCGUGUUCUAAAAGCUAGGUUUGACCUCACUGUCCCACCAGGACCACAACUUCACCAAGAGAUAAACAAAUUCACAAAGAAAAUAAACAAUGGCAGAAGUAAAAAGCUGAUCAGCCAGAAGCAGUAUGAUUUGCUUUUCCCAAAAUCUGGUCCUCCGAGCUCAGAAAAGUUCGAUAUCACUUUAUUGGUAUAUUUGUUGAAGCAUAUUUGCGGACUCGACGGCAAAUGUAAAUGGUGGGCUGAAAAAGAUAACAAGAAUAUACCCGAAACUGAAGUUGGGGAAAUUGCAGAUAUUGUACGGAUUCGAAAUGUUAGAAACGAGAUUAAUCAUCUACAAACAGCAAUUAUGGAUCAAAAGGACUUUGAAGAAAAGUGGGACAUUACUGAAAAGGCAAUGCUGCGCUUAGGAGCGGUUUGUAAUUUGUCUGACUUGAAGAACGAAAUAGAUACAAUAAAGAACCAACCGUUCGAGAAAAUUAAGGAAAAAGUCAUUGUCAUGAAAUCUCAAGGAUUUUGAUGGCAAUUACGGAUAUUCUGAUGACGACGAGGAAAUAUAUGAUGAUAACUAUGAUUAUUAUGAUCCCUAUGACGACGAUACGGAGGAAUACGAGCAUGAUGAUUACAACGAUUAUCAUGAAUAUGAUCAAGAUUAUGACGAUGAUGUUCAUGACUGGAAUGAUUAUGAUGAUGAUGUAAAUGACAACCAAGACGACCAAUAUGACGAUGUACAUGAUUACCAAGACGACCAAUAUGACGAUUAUGAUGAAUAGUGAAGAAACCUUUCACUAUCUAAACCAAACACUGAUUUUUAUUUAUAGUGAAAAGUGCUGCAUAUACGAGGUAGAUACAUUCUUUCAUAUCGAAAUAGUUUUCCAAGUGUUUCCAUCGUUGCUAGAAAAUGUCAUCUUAAGAAGAGUCGCGUGCUUAAAAAUGACGUCAUUUCAGCGCCGCAAUUGUUAAUAUUCCGGACAUCAGUCAUUUUGUGUAAAAGCACGUCUUUCAUAUGAAAUG